AUGUUCCUUCCACCUAUCGGUCAGCCACCUUCAUCAUCUAUACAAGGUGGUGGAAAUGGUAACGGAAAUAAUCAGCAACAACAACAACAACAACAACAACAAACAAGUGUUAUUAAUACAAGUACAAGUUCAUCAGGUUCCUCAUCAGCAAAUCCUAUCGGUCUUCCAGCUCCACCUCAUAUGGCAUCAAUGCCAUCGACACCACCUGGAACUGGUAUCAUGACAAUGCUUAAUCCUCCACUUGAUUUAUCUCCACCACCACGACCAGAUUUUGGUCGUGAAGGUCGUUCAAUAAAAUUACGUGCAAAUCAUUUUGCAAUUCGUAUACCACCAAUACUUAUUCAACAUUAUGAUCUUAAUAUACAACCAGAUAAAUGUCCAAAACGUGUUAAUCGUGAAAUAAUUGAUACAAUGGUUAAUAAAUUUCAAAAUAUAUUUAAUACACAACAUCCAGCAUUUGAUGGAAAAAGAAAUUUAUAUACAAAAGAUUCACUACCAUUUGGUCGAGAACGUAUUGAACUAGAAGUUACUUUACCUGGUCCUGGUGAAGGACGUGAUCGUUGUUUUAAAGUACAAAUAAAAUGGGUUGCACAAGUUAGUUUAGUUAGUUUACAAGAAGCUUUACAAGGACAUGGACCACCAGUACCUAAUGAAGCUGUAUCAGCACUUGAUGUUAUUAUGAGGCAUUUACCAAGUAUGAAAUAUACACCGGUUGGACGUUCGUUUUUUUCUCCACCUGAUAUUCAAUAUAAUCCAUUGGGUGGCGGUCGUGAAGUAUGGUUUGGUUUUCAUCAAUCAGUUCGACCAUCUUAUUGGCGAAUGUCAUUAAAUAUUGAUGUUAGUGCUACUGCUUUUUAUAAAUCCCAACCAGUAAUUGAUUUUAUGUGUGAAGUAUUAGAUAUACGUGAUAUACAAGAACAACGACGACCAUUAAAUGAUGCACAACGAGUAAAAUUUACUAAAGAAAUUAAAGUUUGUUCACUUGUACAUCAACGUCAUGUACAAGGUAUAUUUGGUCCACCUUAUCCUGAAUUAGCUACACUAGUUCAUUCAAUAUGUUAUCAUGUUGAUAUACCAUUUAUAAAUGUAUGUUCAUCAUGUUAUGAUGUUGAAAACCCGGAUGAAGAACCUAAUGACUAUAUUGAACAAAUCCCAAGACGUGAUCGCAUGUCUAUUAACUUAUAUCCGUCCAAUCAAGAUCUUAAUAUUGCUUUUCAUAAUUUAACUCAUAAACUUCAAUGGACUAAAUUUCUAAUUAUAUAUGAUAUAGAUUCAGGUUUGACACGUCUACAAAAAUUGCUCAACGAUCCCGGUGUCAAACAAACUGAUAUUCUCGUACGUCAAUUUACACAUUAUAAAGAUCGUAGUGUUCUUACUGAUGCUAUUGGACGAGAUAUCAGUAAUAUAAUAUUAGAUUUAAAUGAUAUUAAUACACGUACGGUACUUAAAAUGGCUUUACAAAUGGGAAUGAUUAAUUCAAAUUAUCAUUAUAUAUUAACAACACUAAAUAUUGAUACAUUUGAUUUAGAAGAUUAUAAAUAUAACUAUGUUAAUUUAACAGCUUUUCGAUUAUUUAAUCGUCGUGAUUCACGUGUAGUAAUGGCAAUGGAAUCAUUUUUUGCAUUUAAAACAAUGUCAAAUAAUGAAGUAAAUCGUCGAUUAUUCACAACGUCAGUAGCAUUAUGGGCUGAUGCAUUACUUGCAUUUGCUUAUGCAUAUGAUAAAUUAAUUGCAUCACAAAUACGUUUAGGUGUUGAAUUAAUACGUCCAAAUAUUUCAUGUAUUGAUGGCCGAGGAUGGCCAUUAGGCAUUGAACUUCAUUCAAAAUUUAAUCAAAUUUCUUUUGAUGGAAUUACAGGAAAAGUAAAAUUUACAUCAAAUGGAGAACGAACAGGAUUUGAACUUGAUGUUGUUCAUCUAUCAGAAAGUGGAAUUUCAAAAAUUGGUACAUGGUCACGUGAAUUCGGUGCAAAUUUUACAUUAACACCUUCGGCACGUGGUGGUUUAUUCAAUUCAACAUUAAUUGUAACAACUAUUGUUGAACCUCCUUAUGUUAUGUUUAAAAAUAAUCAAAACUUAACUAAUCCAUUUAGUCGAAAUUAUACAAAUAGUGAUUUUGAAGGUUUUUGUGUUGAUUUACUUGAACAAAUGUCACGUAUACUUAAAUUUCGUUAUAAAAUAAAACCUAUUACAACAUUACGUUAUGAUGAUAUGGUUGAAGAAAUUAAAGCAAAAAGAGCUGAUUUAGCUGUCGCACCAUUAACUAUAAGUUAUGCUCGAGAGAAACAAAUUGAUUUUACCAAACCAUUUCUUAGUUUUGGUAUAGCAAUUUUAUUUAAAUUACCAAAAGCAGAAAAAGCUGGUUUAUUCAGUUUUUUAAGUCCACUUUCACUUGAAAUAUGGAUUUAUACAUUUGCUGCUGUAUUUACAGUUAGUUUUAUUUUAUUAUUAAUUGCUCGAUGUUCACCUGAUGAAUGGCGUAAUCCGUAUCCAUGUGAUACUGAAUAUGAUAUAUUAGAAAAUCGUUUUACUGUUAGUAAUACACUUUGGUUCUCUAUUGGAACAUUGAUGCAACAAGGUUCCGAUGUAAGUCCAUCAGCAAUAUCAACUCGUCUUGUAUCUGGUAUAUGGUGGUUUUUUACAUUAAUUCUUAUAUCGUCUUAUACUGCUAACUUAGCUGCAUUUUUAACUGUUGAAAAACUUAAUAAUCCAAUCGAAAGUGCUGAAGAUUUAGCAAAACAAGCAAAUAUAAAAUAUGGAGUUGUUCGAGGUGGUUCAACAGAACAAUUUUUUCGAGAAUCGAGCAUUCCAACUUUUCAAACUAUGUGGAAAUAUAUGAGUAAUAAUCCAGAUGUAUUUGUCAAUACAAAUCAACAAGGUAUCGAACGUGUUAAAGCCGGAUCAUAUGCAUUUCUUAUGGAAUCAACAUCAAUUGAAUAUACAAUACACCGAGAUCGUAAUUUAACACAAAUUGGUGGUUUCAUAGAUAAUAAAGGUUAUGGAAUCGGAUUACCUGAUGGAAGUCCAUAUCGUGAACGUUUUUCUGAAAUAAUUCUUGAUCUACAAGAAAGAGGAAUUAUUCAAACAUCUUAUAAUAAAUGGUGGAAAGGUACAGGAACAUGUACAUCAGAAAAAAAAGAUACAAAAGCAAAUCCAAAUCCAUUGGAUUUAACAAAUGUCGGUGGAAUAUUUGUGGUGCUUCUUGGCGGUGUUUUUCUUUCUUUACUUGUUGCUAUUCUCGAAUUUUUAUGGCAUGCACGUAAAAAUCAUGAAAAUCGACGACAUUCUGUUUGGUGGGAAUUAAUAAAAGAACUUCGAUUUUCAAUUCAAUGUGGUGCUUCAAAUCGUAAAGCACUUGUUGCUCGUCGAUGUUCACAAUGUACAGUUGAUGAUGAUGAUGUUGAAUUAAAUGAAAUUCCUCAAACAAAUCAAUUACUACAUCGUACACAUAGUAAUCGUUCAUCAUCAUCAAUAUCUGUUAAUACAGGAAGUAAUUUACAAGUUCCAAAACGUCGUACAACAACAGAACGAACAGCAGAGUCUGAUAAAUUUGAUACAUUACUUAUGCUUGCUGCUGAACGAACAAAUUAUCUUGAUAAUCGUCGUAAAAAAUAUUUUCAUGAUUCUCAUAUUGAUAGAAAACAUCGUCAUUUAUCUGCAUCACCACAACGAAAAGAUAUUCCACUUGUAUUAAUUGAAAAACAUGCAUCUAAUGAUGAACGAAAUGUACGUUCUCAUCAAGUUCAUUUUUCUACAGAUGGAGAUUCACCUGCUCGAAGCAGUUUACGAAUUCCGCAUUACGAAGAUGAUGAUGGCGAUCCGAAUGCAGCUGAUGUAUCAUCAGGUUCGACAUCAUCAAUGAAUCUUCGUCCUUUACCACGUGUUUCUCGAUUAAAAAGUAUGUCCCUCUUAUUACAACAACAAAAUUCAAAUAUCAAACCAAAACGUAGCGUUACAAAUCUACCAACAAAAACGGAAAUCGAAUUUCGAUGGUCGAUUUUGGCAGCUAAAAUUGCAUUACAAGACGAAACUUCAUUAACAACUUUACAUACAAUUGAUCUUAAUAGUCCUAAAAAAAAAUCUUUUCUAUCUUCUCAAUCUUCAACAGCUCGAAGUUUUACAACAAAUCAAUCAUCCUUGUUAGCACAAAAUCUUUUACCACGUUCUCCUCGUUUAUCAAAUGUAAACAAUAUUAAUAAGACAAAAGAAUUAUCAACUGAUCAAAAUGAUGAUGAAAGAAAAAGUCCAUUAAUUCUUACAUAUUCACAAUUGCAUCGUGCUCAACAACAACCAAAACAAAACGAAACAUCUCAAACAAGUUUUUCUAUGUAUCCAUUAAUAAAUAAUAAACAAAGAAGUGUUUCAAAUAUAUAUAGUCGUUUACCGUUUUCAUCAAAAUCUAUUUCAUCAACAAAAAUUCUACGACGCUUAGCAAUUAAAUAUAAAAAAUGA